UUAAAGAAUCCUGCCUUAAAUACAUGCAGAGAAGAGACUUUCCCUGCUGCAGACCUUACUCUGCCGAAGGGAGCUGUGGGAAUGAAUUAUUCAGUGAGAGUUUGGGAGGGAAAGGAAGGGGAAGAGGCAAAAUGGUAGCGGGCGACCAACUCAAGGACUGCGCUGGCACUGCCCGCCAGGACAUGGGAGCCGGAGGGGAACACUGCUGCUCCGUGACACCGAUGCCGUUUCACGGUGACGUGAUGCCCCUUGUUUUGGUCCGCCCGACCAAUCGGACGCGGCGGCUGGAUUCUACGGGAGCCGGGAUGGGCCCUUCGUGGCGGCAGCAGGACUCUCCCCUGCCGACCAUAACGCAUUGCGCAGGGUGCACCACCGCCCGGUCCUCCUGCGGCUUUAACGGCGACGGCAUGGACGCGCCGCGGCAGUUCCCGGCGGGCUUCGGCCCCGACCAGCAGCAGCAGCAGCAGCGCCCGCCGCCGCCGCCGCUGCACUGUCAGCAGCAGCAGCACGGCCAGGACAAGCAGAGCCUCCUCCAGCAGCAGCAACAGCAGCAGCAGCAGCAGCAGCAGCAACAGAGCCCAUGCCUCCAGUGCAACAACUGCGCCUACUACGGGGCUGCUGCGGCAACCGCGGGGGAUAACCUGCCCCUGCUGCUCCGCGCCUCCUUGCCCCUGUCGGGCGCCUUCCGGACUCACUCCUCGCCGCUCUCCUCCGCCGCCUCCUCCCGGCAGGGCAGCCAGCUGAACGUCAGCGAGCUCACCCCUUCCAGCCAUGCCGGCGCGUCCAGGCAGCCUCACCAGUACCCCCAGUACCACCAGUGCCAUAGCCUGCAGCAGCAGCAGGCAGCCAGCCCUAGCAGCAGUGUCAGCAGCGGCAGCACCCACCACCACCACCACCACCACCACCAGCACCACCAGCAGCGCCGCGAGAGCAACCCCUUCACCGAAAUAGCCAUGAGCAGCUGCAGGUACAACGGCGGCGUCAUGCGGCCGCUCAGCAACCUGAGCUCGUCCCGCAGGAACCUACACGAGCUGGACUCCGAGUCGCAGCCGCUCCAGCCGCCGCUCGCAAGCCCCGCCGCCGCCGCCGCCGGCGGCACCCCCGCCGCCCCGGAGAUCGUGGUCUCCAAGCCCGAGCACAACAACUCCAACAACCUGGCGCUCUACGGCCCCGCCGGCCCCGGCCCCGGCCCCGGCCCGGGCGGCGCCAACAACGGCGGGGGCAAGCCCAGCAAGAAGAAGAACCAGAACAUCGGCUACAAGCUGGGGCACCGCCGGGCGCUCUUCGAGAAGCGCAAGCGCCUCAGCGACUACGCGCUCAUCUUCGGCAUGUUUGGCAUCGUCGUCAUGGUCAUCGAGACCGAGCUCUCCUGGGGCGCCUACACCAAGGAGUCGCUCUAUUCCCUCGCUCUGAAAUGCCUUAUUAGCCUCUCCACGAUUAUCCUGCUCGGGCUCAUCAUCGUGUACCAUGCACGGGAAAUCCAGUUGUUCAUGGUGGACAAUGGAGCAGAUGACUGGAGAAUAGCCAUGACUUAUGAGCGUAUUUUCUUUAUCUGCUUGGAAAUACUGGUGUGUGCUAUACAUCCCAUACCUGGGAACUAUACAUUCACAUGGACAGCCCGGCUCGCCUUUUCUUACACUCCAUCCACAACAACAGCUGAUGUGGAUAUUAUUUUAUCUAUACCAAUGUUCUUAAGACUAUAUCUUAUUGCCAGAGUUAUGCUUUUGCAUAGCAAACUUUUCACUGAUGCCUCAUCUAGAAGCAUUGGAGCAUUAAAUAAGAUAAACUUCAAUACCCGUUUUGUUAUGAAGACUCUAAUGACAAUAUGUCCAGGAACUGUACUGUUGGUUUUUAGUAUCUCAUUAUGGAUAAUUGCUGCAUGGACUGUCCGAGCUUGUGAAAGGUACCACGAUCAACAGGAUGUUACUAGCAACUUCCUUGGAGCAAUGUGGUUGAUUUCAAUAACUUUUCUAUCCAUUGGAUAUGGUGACAUGGUACCUAAUACAUAUUGUGGGAAAGGAGUCUGUUUACUCACUGGAAUCAUGGGUGCUGGGUGCACUGCACUGGUGGUAGCUGUGGUGGCAAGGAAGUUAGAACUUACCAAAGCUGAAAAACAUGUGCAUAAUUUCAUGAUGGACACCCAGCUAACUAAAAGAGUGAAAAAUGCAGCGGCCAAUGUACUCAGGGAAACAUGGUUAAUUUAUAAAAACACAAAGCUGGUUAAAAAGAUAGACCAUGCGAAAGUAAGGAAACAUCAACGCAAAUUCUUGCAAGCUAUUCAUCAAUUAAGAAGUGUAAAAAUGGAACAAAGGAAGCUGAAUGAUCAAGCCAACACUUUGGUGGACCUGGCAAAGACUCAAAACAUCAUGUAUGACAUGAUUUCUGACUUAAAUGAAAGAAGUGAAGAUUUUGAGAAGAGAAUUGUUACUCUGGAAACUAAACUGGAAACUUUAAUUGGUAGCAUUCAAGCUCUUCCUGGACUGAUUAGCCAGACAAUCAGCCAGCAACAGAGAGAUUUCCUUGAGGCUCAGAUACAGAAUUAUGAUAAGCAUGUUGCCUACAGUGCUGAACGAUCACGAUCUUUGUCAAGAAGAAGGAGAUCAUCCUCCACAGCACCACCAACCUCAUCAGAGAGUAGCUAGAAGAGAAUAAGUUAACCACAAAAUAAAGACUUUUUGCCAUCA